CCAACUAGCCAACUGGUUGCUGAUCGAAUCACGCGGUGUAGUGCGCACGCGCCACCGCAUGGCAGGAUCAUUCGAGUUUACCAACUCAGACGCAACAGACGUGCCUAACUGAUUUCGGCCGUGCUAGGAAACUUUUUAUUUUUAUGUGAAAUUUUUUGGACUUUAAAGAAAUUUUUAUAUUUGGAAAUGCACAAAAAAACAUGCUAGUGAAAAACAAAGUUAAAAAAAUUGUGUGAACAUUUUUUUUUUUUGAUUUAAGAGUUUAACAAGAACUAAGUAUUGCGAAAAAAUUGCAAAAGUUUUGUGAAAUGUUGAAACCGUUACUUUGUGUAACUAUGGAUUUGAAACGCACGUGACAACGCGCCUAAAAAUAGCUACAGACUUCAAAUGCUACCGUUCUCAUAGCAAUGCUUAAGUGGGCAAAACAACAAAACACACAUCUCCAAGCCCUUCCACUUUCUCUCAACUCCACAAAUCUAUACAGCGAACUGCCUUGCAAAAACAACAACACUGCUUUUGACACUCAUACUUAUCGAAACGUAAACAACUCCUCCAAUAAAAACGUCACUGACAACACCGCCCAACCCCCGUUUUCUGUUGAACGCCGGUCCACAGAUAAUUGCCUUAAAAUACAUCAACAACUUAUUUUCGCAAACAACAACGCUCCCAAAAAAAUGCCCACUAUGACGCACGUGCUUGAACGCCGCCGCAUACAACGCUAUUCACUCGACAACCAACUGGAAACGCAUUCGCCGCGUCACGUUCGUCACUCACUCACCAGUACCGCAAAUAAAGAAAAUUUCGGCGUACAUUUUACGCGUAGUCCUUUCGGAAACACGAGUCUCACCGCCUUUCAGGACCUCAGCAACGGCAAGAGUCCGUUGCGCGUUGACUACACGCUCACGCGCCCCGCUCUGCGCUGUCAAACGCAAGCCAAUGUGCCAUUGAACGUGAAGCGUCGGAAUGCAAAUAACAGCGACACACCGACGACGCGUAAUCGUUUCUCCGAUGAUUUUGCGACCACAGAGCCGGAGGAUACGCCGCUUAGCCAUUUUCGUUUCCGCAAUGCAUCGCGCGAUGAAUCACUCUCCUCUUCGCGCAUGGGCGAUGUGACGCUAGAUCGGAUGUUGGAUGCAAUUAUAGAGAGCGCACGCAAAGAUGUACAACGGGUGCAGGCAAUGGGUCACACAGAGAGCGACCAACAGUUACAAGCAACGCGCGCGCAGGGCAGCAGUGAUUCGCCGGCCAUCGUUAGCGACAGUGAAAUGAGCAUCCAUGAAAUGGAGGUGCGUACGCCGACGCAUUUAAAGCGGCAGCGCGUUGUGCGGCGCAAGAACACCAAGACAACAGACGCGCGUCGGAGAAUAGCCCAGGGAGCGGCCGGAGCUUCACGACUGACACCACCGCAGCCGCAACCACUGAUAGGCCUGACGCUACCCGAUGGCAUACCAAGUCCGGACACACCGCUCUUCAAGCAUGGCAGCGCGACUCGCGCAGAACUUUUAGCAAUGCAAACGCCACCAAACUCAACAUACGUCAUUGACAAUAAUUAUGCAGCAACAUCUGCAGCGGCAGCAGAGAUUACUGAAGCUGAGUUACAGCAGCGCAGCUCAACGCCGACACUGGAAGAGACGUAUUCGAUCAAGCGUUGUCUGAGCUUUUCAUCGGCCAGCGACGAGGAAGACGACGCGGACUUUAGCAGCGCCGCAAAACGCAGCUCGGUGGCAUCGUCCAAUACGAGCUCCAUGAUGGGCGAUCACUUCGGUUCCGGACGCGCAUCGCGGAAUUCGCAGGGCUCAUGGAAAGGCCCGAGCAGCAACGCCGUGCGUGGAAAUGUGGAGGUGUCUAUACACGUAGAGCGGCAGCAAUUAAAUGUACAUGUUAUACGUUGUCGCGAUCUACAGCGUCCAAAUGGUUCUACUGCGCUGAAUGCAUACGUUAAGGUAGCGCUGAUACGCAACAAACCAGCCAAUAAGCCAGCGGAGAAUUACUUCCAGCGUACGGCUGUGCAUCGGCAUUCAAGCCGUCCGUACUUCGAUCACCGGUUCAGAUUUGAUUUGAGCGCACAGGCGCAGGCGCAGGCGCAAACGGAAACGGAUACUGCUGCCGCGGGCGAACGUCUGCAAUUAGCUGUGUGGCACAGAGACCGUCGACUAAAACGGAGCGAGUUUCUAGGAUGCAUGUCCUUUCCUCUACAGACGUUGCUGCAGCAACCCGUUAACGGCUUCUACAAACUACAAUCGCAGGCAUGUCUAAAUAAUCCACAGCCGCCAGUGUCGUUGCAGUAUCCGGCCGUUGCUACACACGCGCCGCACACUCAAGGCCACACGCAACCAAUCUCGUGCCCAGCGCCACUCAAUUCCAAUCACACUUACGCCCAGCAGCAGCCACAGUCACAAUCGCAGCCGCCACCAAAACCCCAAGUCCAACCCCAACCAUUUGUGCCACAGACGCGUGUCGUCACCGCCACAUCUACAAUGACCUCAACACUGACGCGCCAGAAAAGCGAGGAGGACGUCGUAAGCAUCGACAGCAUGGCUCAGGCGACUGGCGGCGGCAACAUCGAACAUCCGAUGACACUGAGCCGGAAGGCUUUGCAUCAGCGCGACGCCGAUGAGAAUUUAUUUUUGCGUUUCCUCGAAUUGGAUCCGCCCACUGAGACGACAGCGCCCGCAAACGCCGCCAAUGCCACACCAAACGCCUCAGGUGCACGGCGUCUAUCUGCUGCCAGCAAGCCAGUCGGUCGCACACCUUUCACCAUGACCAAGAAGCUGACACGCACUGCCGAACGAGGCUUUGGCUUCUCCAUUGUGUGGACACAUCCACCGCGCGUCGAGAAGAUUGAGCCCGGACUCUCGGCCGACCGUGCCGGCAUACAGCCCGGCGACUAUGUGAUUUUCGUAGACAAGCAGAAUGUGGUGACGAUGCCCGAAGCGGAUGUGUUAAAUUUAAUACGCUCACAGGGCUCCACCUUAACGCUGGAGGUGUUCAGAAGAUCGGGACCCACUGGUGGUGGUGUUGGACUCGGUUCUAUGCCGCCAGCGCUCAGUGUUGGCAGUCGUGGGCAUCCAGCGGCGCCGGUCAUGAAUGGCAAAACUACAUCAACUACACGCCUAGCCAGUGGCAUAAGCGAUGAACAACAGUCAGUAGCGGGUGGUACAGCGCCAUCGGUGCGACGCGUUGGCGUGGCAAGCGCAGCACCAACGGUGGCUGUGGGGCCGUCAGCAGGGGCCUCCACAAUGAAUGUUCGUCCGUCCACAGCCUGUUCAGUCGGCACCACCUCGUCCAUUGAGGCGGCGAAGAGGCGACUGCACCUGCCGCAGGUCACCUUCAGUAAGGAGUCCAUCGGGCCCAUCACCGACAAUCGUCGUCGCUUGCUGCUACAGCUGAUUAGCCGCGAACAGAAUUUCAUUGCGGCGCUGCAUUUCGGCAUGCAGCGAUUCGUGCAGCCGUUGCAGGAGCGAAAAGAUCUCAUUUCGCCAAGCGAUCAUCGCACACUCUUCCAGAAUAUCGAUGAGCUGGUGCGCAUCUCCGAGGAUAUUUUAGAGCAGCUGUGCAACGAUGACCAGGAGCCACAGAUGAACUUCGCCUCACGCGUCUAUCUCUCGAAAACCACAGCAAUCUGCGCGGCCUACAAGAAGUAUUGCAAUGGCAUUAAGCGAGCCGAUUGUGUGCUGGUCAAUAAGUCUCGGCAGAUGGGCUCUGAGUUUGUUGCCUUCAUAACCGAACCGCAAGUGCCACGCAAGCGCCCCGAUCUCACCAUGUUCAUUCACAGGCCUUUACAGCAUUUCCGCGAAAUAUUGAAACUAAUGCAGCUACUCGCUUCUAACUGUCACGUCGACACGGAGGAGCACAAGAACUUUACCACUGUUAUUUCGGAACUACAGGCCGCUUAUCGUGAGAUAACCGUUAGCAGUGGCUUGAUGGAGCCGCUGGGCGAGGGUCGACCUUUGCUCACGUUGCAAGAUCUCGAGUCCCGCAUGGUCUUCACGAAGUGCAAGCCAUUCACGCUAGCCGUUCAGGGACGCCAGUGGAUUUUUGGCGGCGACCUGUCACGCGUGGAAGGCCGCUCCGUGAAACCUUACUGGACCUUGCUCUUUAGUGACAUCAUCGUAUUUGCAAAGGUCAGCCGAGAUCGCGUGCUGUUCAUAACCGAGGAGCCCAUUCCAAUCGCCAAUAUUGUAGAUUCAUGCUUUCACAUGCGCAAGAAAACCACAGAGUUUCGACUUACAGUGGAUCCCAACGGACGCUUAGCCGAAAGUCCAACGGGCUAUUGUGCACCAGAUUUGACCCGCACACCAAAGAAGAGUGCUCGUCGCAAGAGCCUCUUGCUCCGCGCGCCCUCUUUAGAACUAAAAGCUGUCUGGCAGAAUCUUUUGCAACGUCAAAUUUUCCUGGUGAAUGCCGCGCUUGGCUCAACGCCACUCUCCAGUCCACUAGAUUCUCCCGAUGUGCUCAACACUUUGGUGCCCCUUAGUGAUAUUGGCAUCGCGUCCGCAUCCAUAGGCUCGGUGAAACACUUAUCCAUGGACAGCAUCAACGCGAAGAACAGCCAGCAACAGCAGAAACGCCAUUCGAACGCAUCCGAUCAAAUCGAGAUGCUAAUCGACGAGAAGUGCCGCAUCCUGAAUAAAACUGGCACCUCCAAGUCCAACGCGCUCCACCUUGCCAACUGGAUGAAGGGUCAGCUGGAUAAACAGCAGGAGCAGGCUCGUCUGGCGGCUCAGCGUUCGCGUGAAAACAUCAGUCGUGAAGAUGAGCACCUGCUCUACCCGGAGAGUGAUCAAGAUGAGCGCAUUACUUUCUGGACUCGACAACAGCUGGAGAGGCGAACCAAAGAAUUGAAUUUGACCAAAGAGAAUGGUAAUAUGAAGGCACGGCCGAAUUUCGGCGGUAAGCGUCUGAGCGGCGUCGAAGAGCUUAGCAUGAGUGAUGCCUACUCGGAGAACGUUAGCCAGCUGAGUCAGUCUCACAGCACUACUUCGGAUAGCCAGAUCACGGUACGUUCUAGUCCCAUUGUGCUUGAUAAGCUAGCCGUCUGCCGCCAUUGCCAUAAGAACUGUCAGCAAGCGGCCAUGUCACAUGCUUUUUCCGCCUCACAAGCGCACCCGUCUGCUGCGGACUCGUUGGUAGCUGAAAAAGAUGCAGCUGCCGACGGUAGUGGGGGUGGCAGUGCGCUGGUGUGUACCUCACUUAAGGUGCAGCAUAGCCAGUCGUCGCCUAAUCGCUGCUGCAGACUCAAUGGCAACGUCAGUCAGGCGGGCAGCACCACCAGCAUAUCAUCGAGUACCAUAACGGGCGACCAGCCCAGCGAACACUCAUCCAAGGUAGUGGCUAGUAGUAGUAAACGUGAGACGGGCGACACGGAGAGUGAUGUGGCCCAACUAAUCACCGACGAUAUUUCGCAAUCAGAGGCCACGGACGACAGCAUUGGUGGGAUACCAAGCAGCAGCAGCGGCGUCGCCGCUGUCGACGAAGCGCGGCGACGACUCGCCGACAGCUUCAGUAAACUACGAAUUUUAGACGAGCGACGUGAGGCACGGGAGUUAGAUGGCCAGCUAGGACCGCGGCCUGUUGCCCGAAGCCAGGAUCUCAUGCAGAAUCAACAGACAGCUUUAAUGAAUGGAUAUUGCUUGUCGAAUUCAUCUGGAGGCGAUGGGGACAGCGGUAGUAAAGUGGGCAAAGAUAAGAAGCCACAUCCGCAACCAAGAACAUACAGAGUAACACUGCAAACUGCUACAGAGGAAACCGCAAAGGAGGCCGCCGAUAAUAAGGUCAAAACCACUGUCACUAUUGCCGAAACGGCGCAAAUUAUUCGUACACAAGAACAAGACCGGGAACAAGUAGGAGAUGCGAGCAUUUAUAAGUCAACGAGUACACCAAAAAAAUGUCCCAAAUCAGCGCAUAAUCCACUAACACCAAAAUCACCAAAGUCACCCGGCACGCCAUCGCCAUUAUCUCGUUUCACGCCAUGCAACUGUCAGUGUACACCCGCUGAUUUUCAAAAUACCACGUUAAGCCCAGAUGAGUUGGAGCAGCAGACUUGUAAAAUUAUCGAUUCGCCGAAGAAGUCCCCGCAGAUGCCACAUCGGCUGGAACUCCAGCAAGCAGCGGACACUAUAACUGAAAAGCCGCACAAGCACUGCAAGUGCGUUUGCGGUGGACAACCGCCGCAGGUUGGUGCAGAAGACGAGGUAUCGUCUUUCGUAUUUGCGGGUUUGACAGCGAAACAGUUAGGCGCAAAGCCCACACCUACGGCUCCAGUGCCGACACCGACGUUUGCCUCUGCGGCAGCUUCUAUUUGCGAAACCAACUUCGUACCGACUAUUGCCGUAGUGCCACCCACGCCUGAAGCAACUCUCACCAUGACCUCCACAAAUGUUUGGGACAACAGUGGGAUAAAUCUAACAACUGGCACAGCCUCACAGCAACAGCUUAGUAACACACCGCGGCAGGCAAUCAUCGAACACAUACCCGAAGACUCCUGUGAUGAGUCACCGCUAGACGAAGAGCUGCCAUAUCGUCCCAUGAGCAAUGCCCUACGGCGUUACGGCACCAUGUCUAGUCUGGAGAAGCUACCCUCCGACGAUCGCAUAGACGGAGAGCUUGAUGAGUUAGACAACGACGAUGACAAUGCAAAUGAUAUGAUUGAUGUGGCCGACGAUGACGAUGACGAUGAUAUGGAUGACAACGCACGUGCCGACACGGUGGACCAUGUACGCGAGACAAUCAAGUCCAGUGUGUACACCAGCGAGGAGGUGGCCGGCGGAUCCUGUGUGCUAGUAGGCGGCGUGUGGACAAGUCGGACAAGUGGGCUGGCCGGUGGUAACAAGAUGUCGUUUUUCGAGGAGUCGCGCGCAUUUAUCGACAAAUACUUGGGUAGAUGGAACCAAGACCAGACAACAUCGUCGACCGCGGCCACAACUUCCGAAACCGACGAACAAGCAGACGAAUGCACCUCGGGCGCAACGUCCGGCGAAGAAGUGUGGGGUACACCAACAAGCGGUGGCGACAACGACGAUAUGCAGCUAAUGAACUCCGAAAAUACGUACUCGUCGCCAACUAAAUCGAGCAACUCACUAAAUGAUGAUGACGAUACGGAGCUAAUGAUGGAUGAGUUGCUUAUGGCUCCGCCAAUGACGGCCAGUACAAUCCGAGGUCUAUUGCCGCGACGUCGCUUAGAGCCACUUUUCGAGGAGGAGACGGAAAGCGACGAAGAGAAGACCCAACAGGAAAGUGAAGAUGUCAAAAAGGGGGAAACAACGACAAAUGGCCACUAUUUAAAGGAUUCAGCUGGAAGCUCAAGCGACGAGGAUCUCUCGACCGAGGACAGCUACGAGCUGAGGAAGGAGGAAGAGGCCGCGAAGUCGAUGCGGAUACCGAUCGAACCGAACGCAGCGAGGGCACCACGUACACCUGGUCCUAUUCCACCGCCGGCGUCAAGGCCGAUGAGUUGGGAACAGGCGUUCACCCAGUCGCAGCCGCCGCAUCUAGUGGACACCGCGCAUCUGCCAGUCGCUGUUCUGAAGGCAUCAUCCUGCGAGUACCUACUCGAACAGCGUACAAUGGUGCCGUUGCGCACCACGAGCAUUACCAGCAGCCCGCCUACAGCGAGAGCCGCGUCGGCAGGAGCGAAAUCGCUAAUGCCCCCGCAAUUGGCGACGAUGGAAGUGGAGGUAGAGACGGCAUCCCAGCAGACACUCACGAUGCAACUGGAGAUGAAAGCGACGAUGAGGAGUACUACUACUAUGAUGAUGACGACGACGCGGACGAUCAAGACGCCGCCAACGCCACGGAGGGAACCUCCUUCAUCGACUUCUACAACAAUCAGCAGCGCGAGCGCCAGUACCGCGAACAACAGCUGCAGCAUCGCCAGUGGGACUACCCAAACUACUACCAGCGUAUCCACAACGACUGUGCGGCCGGCGAAGUUCGUGCCGCCUCCACCACCACCGCGCCGACUGUUGCUGACACAAACAAAUUUGCAGACAAGUGGCGAGAGUCAAACGAAGGCGCCAACACCACCUCGACGAAGUUCUGGCGCUUCUGCUGACGCUGGCUGCUCAGCGGCUGCCACCACCGGCGCCGCAACAAGCAGCGCAAGUGCCCCGCACGCAACCGCUACGCCUACCACAAAAGCACCACCGUCGGCAGCGACGGAGACGGCGACAGUGAAGCUGACACCAGCAAGUGGCAGUCAACGUUCUGCUGCAGCCGGUACCGCGGCUACCACAACCGCAAAGCGUGCAUCGUCAACGAUAAUCGAGACGUCGCUGCUGGGGUCGGGCGACAGCAAGGCAGUCUCCACAUCAUCAACAACAGCUUCGAAGACGACGAAGGCGUUACAGCAGGAGCGGCGGACACAGGCAUCCCAGAAAGCCUCAGUCGUAACAGCGACGAAAACGGUGCCAAAGACUCGCGACGACAGCUCUUCAAAGUCGGCCACUGCCCUAGUGCCCAUUGGUUCCGGUUUAAGUCCACGUCUAGAGAUGCGACUGGCGCUCAAUCACGACAUUCUCGGCGACGAAGACUUGAUAUGCUACGAUCCUGGUCCCGAUCUAACAACAAUUCUGGGGCACGACCUCUCCACAUUUCAACGACUGACGGGUCGCGAUUUAUUGAAUCGUUCAGCAACGAACCGCGUUCAGCCAAAAGAGGCUGUCAUAUCGUUCUCUCAACAGCGAAACUCGAAGAUGGACACACCGACGGUGAAUCGGCGUCCACGUCCGAGUUACGCCAGCGCCAGCAGCUCCCUAACAGCCGGUUUGGGUGGUGGCGCUCGCGUCGGCGGCGCUCCACAACCCCUGCAACCAAAUCGAAAUACAUGGAGCAAUUCUGCAUCUGCGGAUCGGAGCAGCGACGUCUGCGCAAGAGGCGGCGGAAACAGCAAAAGCUACAACUACAACACCGACGAGAGCAAAUUAAGCGAUCUCGAAAUCUUAGCGAGACGCGAGAAGACAUACUGCAUGUCUCAAUUGAGGAGUGGCUCACGAGCCAAGACGAAGACAAUGGCGAUGGAGACAACAACCACAAUGGCAAUGGAAGCAAUGGCGGCGACGAUGAGCAGGGAUUCAUCGACCAGUCCUCAAGCGACGAUGGCGAGGAGUACUACUUCGCCGGGCGCGGAGACUGAAAGCGGUAACACCCGAGUACGAAGGAUCGGACGCGAUGAGAGUGCGCUCAUUGACGCGGGCAAAGGUUCCCGGUUAAUUAACUUCAUCAAGCGACGCAACUCGGAAAGUCCGAACCGUUCCCAGAGCUCACUAAGCGAAUCCAACGCCAGUGGCACACCAGUCCACCGGCUAGCGGUACAGAUGUCGCCGCGAAAAGAUAAUGAUAAACCCUCGCUUAAUCGCCGACUGUGGAAGCAGAUCACUAAACGGCGGCGCGCCAACUCAGUAUCGGAGGUAGCCGCCAGCUAAUUUUGCACACACAUGCCGCCAGCGACACUCCCACGCACAUCCACGAACUGUUCCCCGAAUUCACGCCACUGUCUGUCUCAAACAAAAUCCGUGCAAUUUGAUAGUUAAAAUUCUCCAAAUCUAUGGCUAAUGAGCCG